AUGAGAUUCACUCAGUUCAUCCCCCUCGCCGGCCUGAUGGCCUUCGCCCAGGCUCAGGAGACCGUCUGGACCACCGUCGUUGUCUCUGAGUACACCACCUACUGCCCGUCUCCCACCACCUGGGCCUACAAGAACGUCACUUACACCGUCACUGAGCCUUCCACCAUCACCAUCACCAACUGCCCGUGCACGGUCAUUCACUCUCAGCCUCCCCCAGUGACCACCACUUCUUACUGCCCUCCUGGCAACGCCACGGUGCCUUUCCCUACCUACGCCAACAGCACCACCGUGAUUGUCACCACUCCUCCCCCUACCACCAUCCUGCCCGGAACCACUGAGAUCACCUCUGCUCCCACCAAGACCCCGGUUGGCCCUACCACCACCGCCACCCUGGUCACCGUCAACGCUGCAGACAAGGUCACCAACGGUGCCGGUGCUCUCGGCCUCUUCGCCGGUCUUGCUGCUCUUCUCCUGUAA